AUGAGCACGGCGCGCGCCACCAGCGGCUCUUCUGUAUUCACCGUGUUGUACGCUCCUACCAACGGCAGCGCCCGGCGGCGACGGCGAUGGCUGUGCGGAAGGAUGUAUGUCGGGUUCGACAGGACGGUGUUGGUGGAUGAUGAAAGCCAGAAGGCAGUGUACGUUGUGUCGGGAACGGGGAUUCGCCCCAACACGGGGUACGCAAUGAUGCAGGAGGCAGGUAAUGGGGCGGAGUGGCAUUCCGGAACGGAGCUGGCACUGCCGAGGUACGCCGUGCAGAUUGAGGAGGUGAUGCACCUCCACCUUUUACCGUAUGCACCAUUCGACGGCAGUGGCAAGAAAGAAGUAGUGGAGCAGAACGAAGCGGCAUCUCCACCGUACGGCGACGGGAGUGGUGAUUGUAGGACGGUAACAUCGGCACGGGAGGAGGCAGACGCAGCUGGGGCGGUGACGCCAUGCCAUGCCACUCUACGGACCGUAGUCGUUCCCACAGCUGUGCCUGCUGCCGGGACUGUGAUACUGAAAAAAAGGAGGGGGAGCGGGCCGCCCCCAAGGCGUUCGUCCCAAGAACUACUGCAGCAGCUUGAGAAUGCGUAUCCGCACUUCUUUGCUUGA